CCCUACACUUAAACAUUCUCUUCUUCUCUCUCUCUGCAUUUCCUACACUAGUGGUACGUAAUCUGAUCGAAAGCAUCCAAAGUUUAAGUCUUUUACCAGCUUAUGCAUUUUUUGCGCCUUUUGAUGGCUCACGCACCUUUCGUUUUCACUUUUCCCCUGUAAUCUAGAUCUGCUCUGCUAAAAUAUAAAGCAGAAGCGUCUUUGAGUUCCAGUUAAUAGAAAAGAAUAUGGAUGUUCGAUCUAGAAGAGCCAGAGAAAGAGAAACCAGUCCCGACAGGGCCAAAGUGUGCACGCAGGCGCAGGUGCAGCCAAGGGUCAAACCCAUCAAAAAGGUUCAAGUUGUUUACUAUCUCUCUAGAAAUGGGCAGCUUGAACAUCCUCAUUACAUGGAAGUUACCCAUUUGGCCAAUCAACAUCUUCGUUUGAGAGAUGUUAUGGAUCGGCUCACGGCCCUUAGAGGCAAAGGCAUGCCUUCUCUAUACUCAUGGUCUUGCAAAAGGAGCUACAAGAAUGGCUAUGUGUGGAAUGACUUAGCAGAGAAUGAUAUCAUCCAUCCAUCAGAUGGAGCUGAGUAUGUACUCAAAGGGUCUGAGCUGGUUGAAGGAUGUUCUGAAAGGUUCCAACAGCUUCAGGUAACCAAUAAUAGACCACUAAUUCAAGAACCCAUUCUCCAUGCAAAGGGAAAACAGCAGCAGGCUCCGUGUCAAACCAAACAGCUAGAAGAAACGCACAACACCAAGUUCGAAUUCGAAGAUUAUGAAGAAGAUGAAGAAGAACAAGAACAAGAAUCACAAGAAGAGUAUGAAGAUGAAGAGAAAACAAGCUGCUACACAACCUCCACAACGCCCCACUCUCGUUGUUCUAGAGGCGUAUCAACAGACGAGCUCGAAGAGCAACCUCCAAAAAUCCCCACCUGUGAGUCAACUCACCACGGCUCGUCCCCGCCGUCAACAUCCUCAAUAAUACUCUCAGCAGAUAAAACCCACCAAAACUCCACCAACACCACUUCUAAACGAUUUGAAGAUGGUGACCCAAUUGCCCCCGUCUCAGGAGUGCCUCGGAACUCGGUCCUGCUCCAACUCAUUUCGUGUGGAAACUUAGCUGUGGCUAAAGCAAAGGGUAAUGCACCGAGUUUAAAGCAAUCAGCAAAGACGAACAGCAUCAAUGUAGUUAAAAGGAGCGAAAGCGAUCUCCACAAAGGAGUAUUGUGUAAAAGUGCAUUAAAGGUUGCUGAGGAGGAUAUGAUAAUCAAAUACAUGUCUGAGAAUCCUAGGUUUGGAAAUUUACAGGCGGAAGAGAAGGAAUAUUUUAGCGGCAGCAUUGUUGAAUCUAUGAGUGAGAACCGAGUUGCUGCGGAGCCAGGGUUGAAGCGAUCAAACUCAUAUAAUGAAGAAAGGAGCACGAAGAACGGGCUGGAAGAAGUAGUGCAGGAGGACAUUAAAGAGAAAGCAGGAAGAGGCAAGUGUAUCCCUCGCAGGAAGGCUUCAUCAUCGUUUAAACAAACCAGAAAAUGAAUAUAUAAUAGCGUUGUGUUGAGUGGAGUGGUUGUUGCAGUAAUUAUUAGCACUUAUUAGCUAAUGUUUCUUUCUUGCUUAGUAUCAUCAUUAAUUACCAAGGGUAAUUGUAGUCCCGUGGAAAGUUGAUGAAAUGUUGUAAAAUCUUGGAGUUGGGGAAUGAAGAAGAUGUUGAGAUUGUAACCAUGGUGAGAUUUCUUCUUCAUUUGAUUUGGUUGCAGGUUUCCUGUCAUGUGACCAGUUUAAUGGCUCUGUUGAAGCGCUUUAAUGAGAUUUUAAUUGAUGA